AUGCCUGUACUCGACCCCUUUGGCCACAAGGUUCCUAGCCGGAAACGAAUAAUAAUCUGUUGUGAUGGGACUUGGCAAAGCUCCGACGGGGGAGAGCCAAGUGUGCCCACCAAUGUUACCAGGAUCACAAGAGCCCUAAAAAGCUAUACGAAAAAGGACGGUAUAUCUCAGAUCGUUUAUUACCAGAGCGGAGUUGGAACAGGCGGGACACUGAACAAGAUACUUGGCGGGGGCACUGGUUAUGGGCUAGACGAACAUGUUCGGGAAGCAUAUUGCUUCUUGUCUCAUAAUUACCAUCCGGGCGACUCAAUUCACCUUUUUGGAUUUUCUCGGGGCGCCUACACUGCUCGGUCAGUCUGCGGAUUGAUAUGUACAGUCGGUGUCUUAACAAAGAAGGGAAUGGAUGAGUUUCACGAUGUUUGGAGUAAUUAUACCAAAAGAAGAUACAAGGAAGAUCCUGGACUUCUCAAAGAGCUUCAAGAUAGGGAAGAUGGGAAGCUCGUAAUCUCUGGUGUAAAGGUCAAAUCCAUUGGAUGCUGGGAUACAGUCGGAUCCCUUGGAAUUCCCAGUAUACGCGUUCCGUUUUUCGGAGAACUAAGCAUCGCUCGCGGAGAAAACAAAACCUUCCACAACGUUGAACUUUCCGAUGAAGUCGAAAAUGCUUUUCAUGCCUUAGCACUCGACGAGCAUCGGGGUCCGUUUACCCCAACUCUUUGGAAAAAAUCUCCUUUCUCGCCCACAAACUUAAAGCAAGUUUGGUUUCCAGGCGUGCACACAAACAUCGGAGGUGGUUAUGAUGACCAGGAAAUCGCCGAUAUAACGCUAGCCUGGAUGAUCCAACAACACCUACCCUUUUUAGAAUUCAGUAAAGGCUAUUUGAAGAGCAUAAUCAAGAAUCAUGAAGAUUAUACUCGGGAAUGGGCUGCUGGGUUAAUAUACGACUCUGCCACAGGAAUGAUGCGAGUUUUUAGUGGAAGCUAUAGAACUCCUGGUGGGUAUGCUGAUUCGACUGAGGGUGUUGAAAUGGAAGAGUUUAUCCAUAAGUCAGUAAGAAUAAGGACAAAGAUGAUUGAGGGAUGGGAAUGCAGGGCACUUAAAGGCUGGGUGUGGAAAGAAGACGAAGGUCUGUGGGAAAAGGAUGGAAAGAAACUCCUUGAAGAUACCUUGGGGAAUGUUGAGAAGAAGCUUGCCGGGAAACAUGUAGUAAAGAACAUGUUGGGCGAGGUGAUGCCCAAGGACGUCGAGUGGUAA